AUGAUUACCUCAAUUAAGCUAAACCAGGUUCAGUUGUUUGGGCUCCUGUGCAUAUUUGCGCUGCCAAUCCAUGGCGGCGCCAGCGGCUCGAAAUCGUUGACUGGAAAGGAAUGCCCCGUCUUUUUCAAGGGUCCGCAGACAUGCGAUCCCAUAGCACCUAGAAGCUUUCUUCCGGCUGCUAUGUCGAAGAAGAUGAGUACGGUUGGCACAGCUCGCGAGCCGGACCUCGACGUUCUUACCGAGGUCCUCGAAUCUAUCGAUGUGAUGCAAAAGGAGUACUUCGCCGCAUGGCUAGGCACAUGGCCGGAAUCGAUAGAUUGGACCGGUGCUGUCAUGGGCACCCACGUCUCGGGGUCGCUGCGAACUUUUUCGGAGUCCCUGUUGUUGAUGAAGUCCAACGUGGGAGGUGGUGUUGAGGACUGGAAAGUCAAGGAAAACCUAAUCGAGGACUACUUCUCUCAAGUUGUGGCCUACUACUUUGGAGAGGACGCCUUUGCAAUUAGGAACGAAGCUUAUGAUGAUAUCCUCUGGGUGGUGCUCGGCUGGAUUGAGGCAAUUAAGUUCAUCAAUACGCACACGAGCUUGCACUAUAAGCUGCAGGCCCAGCAUGGCACGGCAGAAACGGAGACGAUCAACGGCGGGAUGGGUGAUAUGCUCGGAAAUAGAACUUGGCACGGAAAUCUGUGGACCUCGGCUUUCUCCCAUCGAGCGCACAUCUUUUGGGAUUUGGCAACGCAUGGCUGGGACACGGAACUCUGCGGCGGUGGCAUGAACUGGAACCCGCGGCUGCAGCCGUACAAGAACGCCAUAACCAACGAGCUCUUCAUCGCCGCCUCGAUCUCGAUGUAUCUGCAUUUCCCCGGCGACGAUAAUGCAUCUCCUUUCUUCAAGAACCGAGACACAAUGAACCCCGAGGACCCAGACAUCACCAAUUACCUCGGGCCCAGGGACCCCAAGUUCUUGAAAGCAGCUAUGGAUGGGUAUAAGUGGCUCGUCGGUUCUAACAUGACCGACUCACAAGGACUGUUUACAGACGGCUUUCACAUCAGCGGAUACAACGACCCCACCAACAACAACACGCUCUGCGACCAGCGUAACAACAUGGUCAUUAGCUACAAUCAGGGUGUUAUCCUGACGGGCCAACGAGGGCUCUUCGAAGCCACUGGGGCCUCUUCAUAUCUCACAGAGGGACACCAGCUCAUCCAAAACGUCAUCAACGCAUCCGGCUACGACCUCGUCCAUGAUCAACCGGUUGAAGACCUAUCAUCACUGGCUACAGACGCACUCCCCACUUGGUACGGUCUGGGUCGCGGUGGCAUCAUGGAAGACCGAUGCGACGCCAGCGGAACUUGCAGUCAAGACGGUCAAACCUUCAAAGGCAUAUUCUUCCACCAUCUCGUCGCCUUUUGCGAAGCUCUUGCCAUGCCUCCCCCUGAUUCUGUCAUCAACGUGACUACCCGGGCUUUCGAGGCGAUUACUUCAUAUCAUGCCGAAGCUUGCAAGUCGUACAGCGGCUGGCUGAAGCUUAACGCAAAGGCAGCUGUGGGAACUCGCGACGCAGACGGCAAGUUCGGUGUCUGGUGGACGGCCGGUCUACUCACGAGCAACUUCACGGGGGCGUGGCCCACCAUGGCGGAUGAUGGCGUUGAUCGUCAGGAUUCUGGGGUGGAUUACAGGAACUACGGUGUGCCGUUUGACACGGAUUGGCAACUCGCGUCUGGUAUUGUUAUGGACCCCAAGCCGAAACUGCCGACUGGCGUGCCGGUUGUCGUCGACUCGGAAGUGAAGCAAAAGCCCAUCAGCAAGCCGAGGGAACAUUUGCCUAUGGGGGAAUUGCGGAAGCGCGAGGAUGCAUCGAAAGAUCCGAAUCGAAGGGGACGAGGACGCACGAUCGAGACGCAGGGGAGUGGAUUGGCGUUGAUGAGGGCGUAUUGGAAAAUUGCGCAGGCGCCGUAA